UGAAUACACAACACAUGAGUCGACACAGAGGUCAAACAUAAAUUCUUGUCCCGACGUUUUUAAGAGCUUAGUUUAGCCCCGGAAUGGGACAACUCACACUCCAGUUGAGUCAAGCCAAGUCUAGCGUUACUAUAAAUAUCACUUGAUUAACCACUUUUAGGAGUUAGAGCCCUGCUACAACAAUCAUGGCGACCGAUGCUGUGUCUGUCACACCCAGAAUUCUACUGCUGUUUACAUGCCUGUUCUUUGCCUUGGGAGGGCAGGCAGUUAUAGAACCUGUUGAGGUUAAAGACGUCGCGAUUCUGCCCGGCACUCUACUUUAUGCUGGAGAAACCGCCACGCUAUACUGCAUCAUCACCGGAAGUGGUCACCCCGUCCCCACCGUCACCUGGUCCCGGCAGUCCGGUGCACUUCCGGCUGGCGCGGAGGCCGACGGGAGCGCGGCGAGCCUGACACUGCGGAACGUGGUAGCGGAUGACAGCGGGGUUUACGUCUGCACGGCGGACAACCACGUUGGCAGACCCGCAACGGGAAACAUCUCAAUCGUCGUCUGCCCGGACCUGCCGGACCCGGAGACUUGCGGGGACAGUAACCCCAGCUGCCUGAGCUGGGCGAAGUCGGGAGAAUGCGAAAGUAACCCUGGGUGGAUGCACCCGAACUGUAAACUCAGCUGCGGCAUCUGUAUUCCGGGUCUGCCCCUGGAGUGCUUAAAUCGGGGCCGAGGGCGCGCACUGGACACCUGGGAGUGCAAUGACGUCACGAAUGUCCCGGAUGGCGUCCGAAACUCCCUGUCGUUGGACAACUUUUACCAGAAAUAUCUCCAUGCGUACGGCAUCCCCAUCCUCGGCUCCUCCAUCGUGCCGGACGAGGCCAUCCGGAGAGCGUGUUACGAUGUGCUGUUCCUGUUAGCGGACAGAAAGGACCUGAGGGACUCGUACUAUAACUUCAACGGCAGGGCCGCCAUCAUGGCGCAAACUGAAGUGACGCUGGACAUUCCUGAGCAUUCUGACCUAGACGUAUCGUACAACACGCGGGCCAGAGGCCUGGGCGCCACCGUGGCCAGACCCGUGUCCACCGGGGCUGAGGAAAACGUCCUCUGCUAUACUUCAGACAGGUACAAGAGUGAAGACAUCUUCCUACACGAGUUCUCCCACGGGAUAGACCUGCUGGGAGCUCGCCAGGUGAUCCCGGGCUGGCGGUCACGUCUGCAGGCCGCCUACAACAGCGCCAAGGCCGCCGGGCUGUGGCAGAACACGUACGCUGACGACACCAUCGACGAGUACUUUGCCGAAGGUGAGCAGAGCUACAGAAGCUGGUUUGUUACACUGAGGCUCGAUUAUAACGGUUAUAUAGAUACAGAAUCUGAUACAGACAUAGAAUGCGACCGCGUCUUAACUCGAGUCUUGCCGGGCUGUGGCAGAACACGUACGCUGACGACACCAUCGACGAGUACUUUGCCGAAGCCAGACACGUACGCGGACGACACCAUCGACGAGUACUUUGCCGAAGGUGUGCAGGGUUAUUUCGACGUGAACGCACAGAGUCUACGGCCCAACGGGAUCCACAACCACGUGAACAACCGGACGGAGCUGCAGCAGUACGACCCCGGCCUGUAUCGCCUCAUCAGGGAAAUCUUCCCCUGCGGAAACACGCUCGUCAAGCGCUGCGAUCCAGACUACCAGAACACCCGCUUCCGGUUCAACUGCUUCGCGGAGGGCCGCCAGCGUGACGUCAUCACCGGAAACAGGGCUUUUGGGAUGACGGACAGACCGACGACAACCAUGAAACCUUCCACUAUGGCAGCCGCGACGGGUGGAGACACAACCACCAAAAGCACACCCAGGAAGCCUCCCACCAAACGCACACCACGUUUCCAGGAGUCACGUACUACCGACAAGCCGAUUUCUGCAGUGGCUCCGGACAUAGAGUUAAUCUCCGCCUGGCCUUCACCGGACCUGUACUACCUGGAGACCCUGACCCUGACGUGUUACGGCGGCGGGGACCCGGCACCGACCUACACCUGGACGCUAGACUCGGGCCCGGUGCCGGCCCGGGCCGUAGUGGACACGGCCGCCGGCACACUGACCCUGGCGGACGCCACCGACGCCGACGGCGGAGUGUACACCUGCACGGCCGACAACGGCGUGGGCACCGCCGCUACGCUCGACGUCACCGUGGUGGGAUGUCCUGACAUUUCUACCUGCACAGACAGCAACUCCUACUGCCCCAGCUGGGCGAGGGAUGGAGAGUGUGAAAGCAACCCGGGCUACAUGCUCUCCGCCUGUCAACUCAGCUGCGGCGUAUGUUUCCCAAACCUGGGCGCCCAUUGCACCAACACCCGCCGUGGCCGCUCCUGGGACACGUGGGAAUGCUAUGACGUCACGACCGUCCCGGAUGACGUUCGGAGCGACCUUAGUCUGGACACAUUCUACCAGAAAUAUCUCCAUGCCUACGGUAUCCCCAUCCUUGGCUCUUCCAUCCUACCGGAUGACGCCCUCCGGAGAGCGUGUUACGACGUGCUGUUCCUGUUAGCGGACAGAAAGGACGUGAGGGACUCCUACUAUAACUACUAUGGCAGGGCCGCCAUCAUGGACGAUACUGAGGUGACGCUGGAUAUUCCUGAGCAUUCCGACCUUGAUGCAGCGUACAACGCGCGGGCCAGAGGCCUGGGCGGCACUGACGCCAGACCUGUGUCCACCGGGGCAGAGGAAAACGUCCUCUGCUUCAGCAAUGACUCGUACCGUGUUGAAGACAUCUUCAUCCACGAGUUUGCCCACGGACUGGACAUCCUUGGCGCCCGGAAGGUCGUUGGUGAUUUCGAAACCCGCCUGCAGACAGCUUACGACGACGCCCUGGCCAAUGGACUGUGGGCGAACACUUACGCGGACGACACCAGGGACGAAUACUGGGCCGAGGGUGUGCAGAGCUUCUUCAACGUGAACCAUGAGAGGGAUCCGCCCGACGGGAUCCACAACCACGUCAACACCCGCACAGAGCUUCAGGCGUACGACCCCGACCUCUACGCCAUCAUAGAGGACAUCUUCCCGUGCGGGAACUUCCCCGUCAAGCGCUGCGUCAGGGACUAUGCCAGCUACACGCUGAAGAUGGACUGCUUCUCUGCGAACCAUCAGAGGCUCACUGUGGUGGGGAAUGCCGUCUGGGGUGAUGCUUUCACAACCACUCCUGCCUCACAAGGUACAACACUGACACCAGCUGCAAGCACACCGACAGUGAGCCAGACACCAACAGUGAGCCAGACGCCCGCUGUUAGCACACCAACAACUCGUACAGCAAGCAUCGCUCCACAGUCCACAGGUUCCACUCCUACAGUGUCGUUGGCCCAGUCAUCUACAGUUACAACUCCAACUCCAACUCAGUCAUCUACAGUAACUCCAACUCAAUCAACUCCAACUCCAACUGUGACAUCGAGAGCAACCACAACAACACCUGCCCAGUCCACAGGAACAACACCUACGGUGGGGCAGACUCCUAGUGUGAGCACACCUAGUGUGAGCACAUCUAGUGUGAGCACACCUAUAAUUGUGAGCACACCAACAGUUUCGACUUCAAGAUCAACAACAAGGAUAACCAGCACUGAAGCACAAUCAACAUCAGGUACAACACCUACGGUGGGGCAGACUCCUACUAGUAGUUUGAGCACACCCACAGUUUUGACUUCAAGAUCAACAACAAGGAUGGCCAGCACUGCAUCACAGUCGACAUCAGGUACAACACCUACGGUGGGGCAGACUCCUAGCGUGAGCACACCUACUGUGAGCACACCAACUUUGAGCACACAGACAGUUCUGACUUCAAGAGCAACAACAAGAGUGGCCAGCACCAUGGCACAGUCAUCAGCAGGUUAUAAUCUGAGUUUUACAGAUCAUAUCUGUGCCAGAUCACACCGGACUCCCGUACAUUGAACUGUAAUCUUGUCUUGUUCCUGUUCGUACUAUCUUUUGUACAUGUUAAGCACUUACAAAUGGAUAAUAUACAAUGGACAAACAUCAUCAAACCUGCACAUUUACGAAGCUCUACCAACAAAUCAAGCAUCUAACAAAAGCAUAUUAAGUAACUAGCCAAGCAACCAACCCAUCUAUCCACACACCAACGAACAAACCAACAACCAAGCAAUCAACCAAACAACCCACCAUUCAAUCUACUAAUCAAGCAAGCACUCAACUCUUCACCUACAUGUACACGUACAAAAUGUCUGAAGAUCUGUCCUGUGGUAGGUUUGACACCAUCAGUGGCCCAGGAGUCUACAUCUACAGCAACAACACCAACUUUGGGGUCCUCAUCAAGAGCGGGAACAAGUACAGCUCAGUCAUCAGGUUUGACCAUUUGUCCACGGGCCAGAUUCACACUGAUAGUGAUAAUGGUGGCACCUGCUUUUUUGGGUCCACUAUUAUAAUAGCAUCUCACAUGUAGUGAAAAUAGAUCAACUGCACUGUCCGUGGUGAUGAACUAAGGGUUGGGUUACGGAUUAUUCAUCUUAAAGCUUUUGUAGCGAUGGUGGUGGCGGCCCAAUGUA